AUGUUAAGAAUUAUAUUACCUUUGCUUUUAGAGCUAUCUUUUUAAGAAUCCAUAAGAAUUUUUUGCCAUAAGAAUGAAAAUUACUUUUUGGGAUCAUAAUGGACACCAAUUUAUUCAUAAAACAGUAAUUAAUUGAAAAACUAAUUAGCAUAAAAUCAAGAAACUUUAGAAUUUAUUACAAAUAUAUCAAUUUCUAAUUUAAAUGAUCAAAGGGAAUUUAUUUAGAAAUCAUACUAAUAAAACUAACUACAAUUAAUUUUUUUUGAUUAGGAUCAUUAUUUAUGUAAAUUUAUAAGCUUUAAGUUUAAUUAUGAAAACAAAAUUUUAUAAAAUUAUGAAGAAAUCCUAUUGUAUUAGCUCAAUUUCCAGCUGCCACAAUGUACUAAAUUUCUUAAUAUGUAUUCUAUUAACACAUAUCAGUUGAUUUUUUGCGAAGAUGAUAUAAAAACAACACUUUUUGUUUUAGAAAAAGUUGAUAAUGGAACUCCUUUCAAUCUAACAAUUAAAUCAACUUCAUAAUUAAAUAAAAUAUAAAAUUGUUACUCAGAAUUAUACUACUCGUUACACAAGGAAACUAUUUAUUUAGCUUUUUUAAAUUGUUAGAAUUGGGUUAUUUAUGUAGUAAAUGAAUUUAAUUUUAAAUUAUUUAUUAAUUCUAGUGAUUUCAAUAAUACAGUUUUAAAAUCAUUUUCAGUCCAUAAAAGCAUUACUUUAUAAUUUGAGCAUAAAAUUUAUAUACUGAAUCAUCAUAAUUAAGGUUAUUGGAUUUAUGAAAACCAAUCGCAAGAAAUUUAAUAUUGUUUUAGUGAUAAUUAAAAUCAUAUAAUAUUUUUAUAAGGAGAAAGAAAUAUUGUGCUAAAGUCUCAAAAUAUGAAUCAUAUUUUAAUUAUUACUAAUUAAUUUUAGCCAAAAUAAGUUUUAAAAUUAUAAAAUUAAAUAAUUAUCAAUUAUGGUGGAUAUAUUGAAGUCUUAGAUAGAAUUGAUGCAAAUUUUAUUCUACCUCUCACUAUAGAUAAAUUUAUAUAAGAAUAGGAUAAUUAUCCUUAUAUUUUUACUUUUUAUUUAAAUUAAAUAAUUAUAUUAAGAAUAAACUCUCCAAAUCCAACUAUUCAAUGUGAAAAAUUGAUGAAAAAUGAUACUCUUUAUUUCACAACUAACAAUUUAUUUGAAGAAAAUCAUAAUAUAUAAUCUGAAAUAAUCUUGGAUAAUUAUGAAAAUAUAUUUUAAAAAAGCAUUUAAUAUUAGAUCAACUUAAGAAAUACAACCUUUUCAUUUUAUUUGAGUAGAUAAUUUACUCUUGAAAGAGGUCUAAUUCCAUUUAUUUAGUUUUAAAACUAAAGUAAUUUGAGUUGUUAUGUUGAUUAAGCUGGAAAAUCAAUGAUGUGUGAAUAAUCUUUACUUACAAACGUCAGAUGGCAAAAAUUUAAAUAUAAAUAAAAGCUUUAUCUAUUAUUUUAAAAAAGUAAUUAAAAAUUAUAUAUAAAAAACUGCAAUAAUAAUUUAUUGAUGGAUCUCGGAAAAUAUGAAUUUUUCAAGGAAAAUAAUAUUUAUGAAAUAAGUCAGUAUUUCUUUCUUGUUUUUUAAAAAUAAACGAAGAUCUUAAUAUUAAAUUUCUAACCAUCUUUUAUUAAUUAGACAAUCAUCGAAUUCAAAGAUCAAAUUAUCGAUAUUUACUAUGAGAAUUCAUAAAUCUAUUUAAUUACCAAGUCCUGUAACAGUUAUGUCCUAUAAAACUCAUAACAAAAGCUUUUGAAUAAUAACAAACAUUUAAUCAUUGAUGGCACUUGUUACAAAACUAAUUAUUUUCAGAAUAAUUUAGGUUAUGUUCAAAAUGGCUCGAUAGUUACUAAAAGAAAUAAUAUUACUAAUGUGAUAAAAUUUUAAAAUUAAUCUGUAAUUAAUCUAUUCAAACUGGGCUCAUAAAAAAGUAUUUUUCUUGUUCAUUUUUAAAAUUAUGAUGGUGAUCUAUUUAGCAAGUGUCUUUUCAUUAAUAAUCAAUUUAUAACACUUUAUAGCUUUUCAAAACUAAAUUUCAAAUAUUCUUCUCCCCUAAUUUAUAAAAUUAAUAAAUAUCUUUUGAUUGUGGCUGCAUAUUCUAGUUCUAAUAUCAAUGUACUUUUAGUUUAUUAUUUUUUUAAUUAUAACUAUAAUAGUUUAAUUGAAAUUAUUGAAGUUGAUAAUUUUAAUUUCUAAGUCUCUGAUGAAGAUAUUUUGAUAUACAAUUUUAAUUAAGAAGUUAAAAUCAUCAAAAUUAAAAUAAUUAAUUUUAUAUGUGAAAUAAAUGAAUUUACUGAAUUUGUUUAAAAUUUUACUUUACCUAUUACUUAUAUUUCCAAAUUUAAUACUUCUCAUGAUUAAUAAUUAGAAAUCAAUUUAAAUUUUCUUAAUUUGAUUUAGAAUUUAUCUCAUAAAAAAUAUAAAGCAAUUCCUAUUUUAUUUGAACAAUAAAAUUUCCCUUUUGAUCCUCGAUAAUAUAUAAAUGGACCUAUAAAUUAAAUUAAAUCAUCAGAUAUAACCAUUUUGGAUCCAAUUUAAAAAUAAGGUUAAAUUUUAAAAGUUGAUUGCUAAAAAUUAAUAAAUUAAAUUUGUCUUAAUCAAUACAAAUAACAAGUUAUUUUAAAUGUUUUUAAAAAAUAAGAGAUAAUUACUUUAGCAUUAGAAAUUCAUGAACAAAUUAUAAAUAUAUUAGCAGCUCAGGAUAUUCUUAUACUAAUUUCUUAAAAAAAGCUAAACUUUGAAAUUUUAGUUUAUAAUACCUUUGAAAAUUUUUUUUUUACUGAAUAAGUUCCAUCCUAAUGUCAUGAAAUUCUUUAAAUAAAAAUUUACCAUAAAUUUUACAUUCUGAUAUGUCAAAACAUAAUUUAUUUUUAUAAAAUACAUUCAAAUUGGCUGGAGACUUUUUCUAUUAUUCAAACAAAUUGCAGUUGUUUAAUUAUGGAAAUCAGUAAUUCUGAGAACACUUUACUUUAUAAAUAAACUAAUGAGAAGGGAAGUUUUAUUGUUCUUAUAACAGUUUAUGAUAAUAUAAAUAAUGAUCAUUCAAAUAGAACAUAGAUAUAGAUAUUCGAGUUUCCACAAAUUUCGCAUAACUUUGCAAUUUAAUAUAUAACUUAUGUUAAUAAUAAUUAUUAUGAACUUUUGAUAUUGGAACAAAAAAUAGGAAUAUUGUAAUAUAAUGAAGCUUUUUUGAAUAUAAGUGAAGGUUUUAUUAGAUUUAAGAAUGAUUAUGUUCUCUUACGACAUUUUUAACAUUUAGUAAAUUUAGCUGAUGUAUGUCCAAUAGGUAAAGAUAUAGUUCUGAUUUUUGUAAUUGAUUUUGUUUUAAAAUAAUAGAUUUAGAUUUUUAAUAUCUCCAAUGCAUAAAAUUUAAAAUAAUUAGAUUAUAUAUUNUUGUGGCUGCAUAUUCUAGUUCUAAUAUCAAUGUACUUUUAGUUUAUUAUUUUUUUAAUUAUAACUAUAAUAGUUUAAUUGAAAUUAUUGAAGUUGAUAAUUUUAAUUUCUAAGUCUCUGAUGAAGAUAUUUUGA